UAGAGAACACAGAACCUUGUGCAUAGGCACACUGCUCUACCAAUUGAGCCAUGUCCUAGAUCCAGAAUUCUGUUUUCUGCAGGUUUAGUUUGAGAUACUAGUAGAUACAAAGAGGAAGUGUUAGGAGUUGUGUGGAGAGGUUGGGUUAAAGGUACAGAUUUGGAAUUGUUGCCAUUAGUGAAUGAGCUUACCUAGCAAAUGAGCAAAUCAGUGUUUCUCAGAGGCCACAUAUGUAUUUGUUGUGGAAGAGUUGUCAUGUGUGUAGGGUGUUGAGUGGAUCCCUAACCUCUGUCUACUACAAGCUAAUACCCCUUCAGCCACUCGCAUUACAUGACUCUUGUGACAAUCAAAUAAACUCUGUAGAUAUUGCUAAUUGUCCUUGGAAAACGGGGCAGAAUCACCACUAGUUGAGAACAACUUGUGUAAAAAAGAUCUAAGAACUGAAUCCUGAAGUACUCCAAUAGUUAGGAAGAUCAGGAAACAGCAAAGGAGCUCAUGAAGGUAUAGCUGCUGAGGUGAGAACCAGACAAAAAGAGGAUGAUGUUGCAGAAGCUAAGGGAAAUAUUUCAAGAAGAGAGUGGGAAGAAAUGCUGCAUAUGAAUCCGGAAGACUUCUGGGGAUACAUUGGAGCUGGUGGAGGAGUCACUGGACAUAAACCUGUUGAAUAAUGCAGUUCGCCUAAAGUUCCAAAACUGUAGCAUUUUACCUGGAGGGGUUUAUGUCUGUGAGACUCAGAAUCAUGUGAUGAUCUUGAUAUUAACAAAUCAGACAGUGCACAGGCUACUUUUACCACACCCUUCCCGGAUGUAUAGGAGUGAAUUGGUAGUUGAAAGUCAGAUGCAAUCAAUAUUCACAGACAUUGGAAAAGUUGAUUUCAGGGAUCCUUGCAACUAUCAACUAAUUCCAGCAGUACCUGGAAUAGCCCCUAAUUGUACCACCUCAGCAGCCUGGCUUAGCAGUGAUGGAGAGGCUCUGUUUGCUCUACCAUCUGCUGCUGGGGGCAUCUUUGUUCUUAAGCUACCUCCUUAUGACAUGCCUGGGACAGUGACAGUGGUGGAAUUGAAGCAGAGUUCGGUGAUGCAGCGAUUGCUCACAGGCUGGAUGCCAACAGCUAUCAGAGGUGAUCAGGGGCCUUCAGAUCGAGCCCUCAGUCUUGGUGUUCAUUGUGUUGAGCAUGAUGCCUUUAUCUUUGCCCUGUGUCAGGAUCAUAAACUACGAAUGUGGUCUUACAAGGAUCAAAUGUGUGUGAUGGUAGCUGACAUGCUUGAAUAUGUUCCUGUGAACAAAGACCUUCGGCUCACUGCAGGGACUGGUCACAAACUACGACUUGCUUAUUCCCCUUCCAUGGGUCUCUACCUAGGAAUAUACAUACAUGCUCCAAAAAGAGGACAAUUCUGUGUUUUCCAGUUGGGAAGCAUUGAGCAUAACCGCUAUUGUCUAGAUCACAUUUCCUCUCUCUUUACUUCUCAGGAGACAUUGAUUGAUUUUGCCUUAACCUCCACGGAGAUCUGGGCCCUAUGGCAUGAUGCUGAGAACCAAACAAUUGUGAAAUACAUCAACUUUGAACAUAAUGUUGCAGGCCAGUGGAAUCCCGUCUUUAUACAGUCUCUGCCAGAGGAAGAUAUUGUCAUCAGAGAUGACCAAGACCCCAGAGAGAUGUACUUGAGGAAUCUUUUUAUACCAGGACGAUUCAUAAAUGCGGCUUUAUGUAAAGCUUUACAGAUUUUCUGCCGAAGAACUGAGAGAAAUCUGGAUCUUUCCUGGAGUGAACUAAAGAAGGAAGUUACUUUAGCUGUUGAAAGUGAGCUCCAAGGAAGUGUGACAGAAUAUGAGUUCUCCCAAGAGGAGUUUCGAAGUUUACAAAAGGAAUUCUGGAGCAAAUUCUAUGCCUGUUGCAUUCAGUAUCAGGAAGCCUUCUCCCAUCCUCUUGCCCUGCAUUUGAACCCCCACACCAACAUGAUGUGCCUGCUGAAGAAAGGGUACCUGUCUUUCCUGGUGCCCUCCUCCUUAGUGGAUCAUUUAUAUCUCCUACCUGAUGAGAAUCUUCUGACUGAGGAUGAGACAAGCAUUUCUGAUGAUGUGGAUGUUGCUCGGGACGUCAUGUGUCUUAUAAAAUGUCUCCGACUGAUUAAAGAAUCAGUAACUAUGGAUAUGUCAGCUCUGAUGGAAGCGAGUUGUUAUAACCUACAAUCUCCAGAAAAGUCUGCAGAACGGAUUUUGGAAGAUCUGAUCACUAUUGAUGUAGAAAAUGUGAUGGAAGAUAUCUGUAGUAAACUACAAGAGAUUCGGAACCCAGUCCAUGCCAUUGGACUUCUUAUACGAGAAAUGGAUUAUGAAACGGAAGCAGAAAUGGAAAAGGGAUUCAACCCAGCCCAGCCUUUGAAUGUUCGUAUGAAUCUUUCCCAGCUCUAUGGUAGUAACACAGCAGGGCACAUUGUCUGCAAAGGCGUGUAUAAAAUUGCCAGUACCCGCUUCCUGAUCUGUCGAGACCUCCUGAUCUUACAGCAGCUGUUAAUGAGGAUAGGAGAUGCAGCAAUUCUAGGAGCUGGUCAGCUCUUUCAAGCUCAACAAGACCUGCUGCAUCGAACAGCUCCCCUGCUCUUAUCUUAUCAUCUCAUUAAAUGGGCUAGUCAGUCCCUAGCAACGGAUGUUCCAGUUGAUACACUAGAGUCAAAUCUCCAACAUUUAUCAGUACUGGAACUAACAGACUCCGGUGCUUUAAUGGCAAAUAAGUUAGUUUCUAGCCCUCAGACAAUUUUGGAGUUAUUCUUCCAAGAAGUUGCAAGAAAACACAUUAUAGCUCAUCUCUUCUUUCAACCAAAGGCACCUCUGAGCCAAACUGGAUUGAAUUGGCCUGAGAUGAUUUCUGCAAUUACCAAUUACUUACUGCAACUUUUAUGGCCUAGCAAUCCUGGUUGUCUCUUCCUAGAGUGCUUGAUGGGAAAUUGCCAGUAUGUACAGUUGCAGGAUUAUAUUCAACUGCUACACCCCUGGUGUCAAGUCAACGUUGGCUCCUGUCGAUUUAUGCUGGGCCGGUGUUACCUAGUUACAGGAGAAGGACAGAAGGCUCUGGAAUGUUUCUGCCAGGCAGCAUCUGAAGUAGGCAAAGAGGAAUUCUUAGAUCGCUUGAUCCGUUCAGAGGAUGGGGAGAUUGUGUCUUCCCCCAGACUACAGUAUUAUGAUAAGGUUUUACGUCUACUCGAUGUUGUUGGCUUGCCUGAAUUGGUUAUACAGUUGGCUACGUCAGCAAUAACUGAAGCAGGUGAUGACUGGAAAAGCCAGGCUACUUUAAGGACAUGUAUUUUCAAACAUCAUUUGGAUUUGGGUCACAAUAGCAAAGCAUACGAGGCCUUAACCCAGAUUCCUGAUUCCAGCAGGCAGUUAGACUGUUUACGGCAGCUGGUGGUAAUUCUUUGUGAACGUUCACAGCUACAGGAUCUUGUAGAGUUUCCCUAUGUGAAUCUGCAUAAUGAGGUUGUGGGGAUAAUUGAGUCACGUGCUAGAGCUGUGGAUCUUAUGACGCACAAUUACUACGAACUUCUCUAUGCCUUCCAUAUCUAUCGCCAUAAUUACCGAAAAGCUGGCACAGUGAUGUAUGAAUAUGGAAUGCGUCUUGGCAGAGAGGUUCGAACUCUUCGAGGACUAGAGAAGCAAGGCAACUGCUACUUGGCUGCUAUUAAUUGCUUACGGCUCAUUCGCCCAGAAUAUGCAUGGAUUGUACAGCCAGCAUCGGGAGCAGUGUAUGAUCGUCCUGGAACAUCCCCUAAGAGGAAUCACGAUGGAGAAUCCACAGCUGCCCCAACCAAUCGGCAAAUUGAAAUCCUGGAGCUGGAAGAUCUGGAGAAAGAAUGUUCCUUGGCUCGAAUUCGCCUCACUUUGGCACAGCAUGAUCCAUCAGCAGUUGCAAUUGCAGGAAGUUCAUCAGCUGAAGAGAUGGUUACUCUCUUGGUUCAGGCUGGCCUCUUCGACACUGCCAUAUCACUCUGUCAGACUUUCAAGCUUCCUUUAACUCCAGUCUUUGAGGGGCUUGCUUUCAAAUGCAUCAAAUUGCAGUUGGGAGGAGAGUCUGCUCAAGCAGAAGCCUGGGCCUGGCUCGCAGCCAAUCAGCUCUCCUCUGUCAUCACUACUAAGGAAUCUAGUGCUACAGAUGAAGCUUGGCGAUUAUUGUCAACUUACCUAGAAAGGUACAAAGUCCAGAAUAACCUUUAUCACCACUGUGUAAUCAACAAGCUUUUGUCCCAUGGAGUGCCUCUGCCUAAUUGGCUUAUAAACAGUUACAAGAGAGUUGAUGCUGCUGAAUUGCUUCGGCUAUACUUGAACUAUGACCUUUUGGAAGAAGCUGUGGAUUUAGUCUCAGAAUAUGUGGAUGCUGUGUUAGGAAAAGGACAUCAGUACUUUGGAAUUGAGUUUCCACUGUCUGCAACAGCCCCACUGGUGUGGCUCCCAUACUCCUCCAUUGAUCAGCUUCUCCAUGCUCUUGGAGAAAACAGUGCCAACACUCACAACAUCGCACUGUCCCAGAAAAUACUUGUCAAAUUAGAGGACUACCAGCAAAAAGUUGAUAAGGCAACAAGAGAUUUAUUAUACCGUCGGAACUUAUGAUCUGGAUUGUUUCCUACCUAGCCUUUGUAACCUUGGUGCCUCUUAGGGCUUAAGACUACUACCCUAUGGGAAUCCUGUGCUCAAGGCCAUUCGUUACAACCAUAAACAUUGCGUACUACACUCAGAGCUGCAUUCUGCGCAAGACAGAAGAGUGAAAGAGUUAGAGAAUCCUGGGCUUGCUGGUGGUGCUAACAUGAUUUCUGGUUUUCAACUCUGGUCUCAAAACAGCUGCUUUUGUAUAUGAUUCACAGGCUUUUUUAAAGUUUAUAUUUUUUUAAACUACAGAAGACAUUCUUUAUCUGCAAAUUAAGACCCACCUUCACUUUCCAAAAUAGCUAAUGGUUGUUGGUUUGUUGGCUGAUAACCAUAAGCAGUCACAGAAAAUCUUUCCAUUCUUCCCUAUCACUUUUUGUAUUUCAAUGGAAUUAUUUUGGUCCAGAACUGACAUGUAUUUUCUGUAUUGCAAACAGAGCCUACUGAUUUUGCAUACUCUUUUCAUUAUUUAUUGUGGAGUUUUUGUAUAAUCUUCAAUAAAUAAUUUGCCUAGUUUAAGCCUAAAAUGAUGACCAGCUGCUUAAAGAAAAUAAAUUUUAUUUUGAAUCUGGUUCUGAAGCUAAAGUUGACUAAACUUUUAGCCAAGAAAAAAAUUGGAAAUCCUUUAUCUAUAAAGGCAACAGAUUUUCAAAGUAAAUUCUGUUAACUGACAUGAUUUCUAAUAAUCAAGCCGGACUUGAUCACAUAAUAAUGUAUUGGACCAAAAUAUAAACUCUACUGGUCAGAUUCAGAAAUACUCAUGUAUUAAAAAUUUUUGGGAAAGUGAAAAUAAUGAAAACUUCUUGGAUUUUAUUCUGUAUAUUAAAAUUUACCUUUCAAGGAAACAAUCUCCGUAGUACUUCCUUGAAUUGUUUUUUUUUUUAAGAUUUUCAUAAGACUUUUAUUCUUAUACUGUCAAUACUCUUCCAUUAUAUACUUUUUAUUUUCAUUAUAUACUUUUAUAAUGUGAGUUUUUCCAUGGCAUUGUUGAUGGUAGAUAUUGAAAUGUGUGGUUCUUUUUGGUUCUGGGCUAUUUAGUAUGAAAUGUUUGGUUAACGUGAGGAAUUCCAAGAGCCCUUGCCUUCCCAGGUUCCAAACUUGAAGCUUUCAACACAGGAAGGACACACACCUCUAUACACAUAUUUAAGAUAUGGUCUGAAAAAUGUCGAGGGCAGCUAGAAGCAGUAAGACAGUGGUGCUGCCCAGAAACCUAUGAAGUGGAUCAAAGCACUGUCUUCCAUAGUAACUGUUCACAAGACACUGGUCAGGUUUUCCUGUCUUGGUUGUUUGGUUUAGAAACAUAAAACCCAUGCUGCCGCCAAUCAUACUCUUCUAUUUUUUUCUGCCUUCCUCACUUUGAUUUCAGCCAGAGCAGAAUGCGUCCACACCCUUCACCCCAGUUUUCUCACCACUUUGGGUCUAUGAAGUUUUUUAUAUUAAUAAUUCAUACUAGCAUGAGCAUUUCUUAUUUUGUCUAACUUGCUAUUUUUAGUCAUAGAGUGGUAUUUUAAAGAUCUCAAAGGAGACGGAGAUGUGAGUUCAGGGAUCAGUUCAAAGCCAGCCUGGGCGAGAAAGUCCAUGAGAUUCCUAUCUCCAACU